AUGGCACCAAAGCCAACUUCAUCAUCUCGAGCAUGGGAUAGUCUUAAGCCAUCGCUAUCAGAAUGGACCCUCGAGGCUAUGUCCUCAAUGGGCUUCGCGCGCAUGACUCCAGUACAAGCCUCCACAAUUCCUUUAUUUAUGGCCCACAAGGAUGUAGUUGUGGAAGCAGUCACUGGUAGUGGAAAGACCCUUUCAUUCUUGAUUCCAGUCGUUGAAAAGCUUUUGCGACUUGAGGUGCCUAUCAAAAAGCAUCAUAUUGGUGCCAUCAUCAUAUCCCCGACAAGGGAGUUGGCGACACAAAUAUAUCAAGUUCUUCUUUCAUUGUUAGAAUUUCACCCUCCUUCGGCUGCUGCUAUCCAUCCACCCGAAGACGAUACGCCGCGCCCCAAAUCCUCAGCAGUCCUGAGAGUCGUCCCCCAACUGCUAUUGGGAGGAACAACAUCUCCUGCUGAGGAUCUCAGGUCUUUUCUCAAAGAAUCGCCGAACGUGUUAGUCUGUACGCCUGGCAGAUUACUUGAACUACUUUCGUCGCCCCAUGUCCACUGCCCGCAGUCUACAUUCGAAAUGCUUGUCCUGGACGAAGCCGAUAGACUCCUGGAUCUGGGUUUUAAGGAGGACCUACAAAGAAUUCUGCGUCAUCUACCUAAACAGCGCAGAACUGGUCUAUUUAGUGCCAGUAUCAGCGAAGCCGUUGAUCAGAUCGUGCGUGUUGGUCUACGCAAUCCUGUCAAGGUUGCUGUCAAGGUCAAGGGCGGUUCGGGGGCCGAAGACAAGCGCACACCUGCAAGUCUACAAAUGACCUAUCUGACAACGCCCCCAGCAUGCAAGUUCUCUGUGUUGAAACAAAUACUGUCCUCCAUACAGCCCACUCCGCAGAAAACCAUCUUUUUUGUGUCAACGUGCUCCAGUGUUGAUUACCUGACAAUGAUACUACCUCUCAUCAUAGGAGACGAGUUCCUCCUAGUACCUCUCCAUGGAAAGCACCCUGCCAAGGCUCGUCAAAAGAAUUUCAUUCGUUUCACCACCUCUACAACUCCCUCAAUCCUCUUGACUACCGACGUUGCAUCUCGCGGACUCGAUAUCCCAUCCGUUGAUCUAGUCGUGCAGAUUGACCCGCCAUCCGAUCCUAAGACUUUCAUUCACCGAUGCGGCCGAGCGGGUCGUGCGGGCCGCAGAGGUCUAAGCAUUGUUCUUCUUCAUCCUGGGCGUGAAGAAGAGUAUGUAUCCUUUUUGGAAGUGCGCAAAACGCCCGUGGCACCUUUCAAUCUCCCAAAUCCCAUCUCUGAUGCAAAUGCAGCCACCGCGACGCAGGCGGUUCGUUCGUUGAUUCAGCAAGACCGCGCUUUUUACGAUAAGGCCCAGCUGGCUUUCGUCAGCUGGUUCCGAGCUUAUAGCAAACAUCAAGCUAGCAGCAUCUUCCGUGUCCCAGAUCUCGACUGGGAAGCCCUGGGCAAAGCGUGGGGGCUUCUCAGACUACCCAAGAUGCCUGAGCUGCGCAGCUUUACCGGUGACAAAGCAUUAGGAGUAAGGAUCGACUGGGACAACUACGCAUACAAAGACAAACAGCGAGAAAAACGGCGGAAGGAAGUUUUGGAAGAGAUUGCCCAAGGAGAGGGCAAGCCUGGGCAUGAUUCACGCAAACGACCUGCAGGAGAGAGUGUGGCAUGGAGCCAGAAUCUAGAAUCACGCGAUAAGAAAUUCAGGCGGAAGGAAUCUAAACAAGCACGAAAAGAAAAGGAGCGAUGGGAUCAACUACCGGAAGACGAGAAGCAAAAGGCUCUGGAAACGAAACGGAUGGUCGAGGAAAUCCGUAUGAAGAAUGAACAGGAACGGUUAUUAAAACAGGCCUCACUCAAGACGGAUUCUUCGGGGCAUACAGCUGGUGACGAUGAUUUCGAGGGCUUUCAUUAG